UCCUUACGUGGGAACUUGACGGUGACCUUGCUCGGAGUUAAUAUCUUCGAACCAUCAUGUCAAACGAGUUUGUACUUGGAGAAUAUUCCGCAGUUUUCCCAGCGUCGCGAGCUGUCGAUGAUUUCCCUCCCAUUGCAUAUCGCAUUCAUCAAGGUCACCGCGUGCCAGGUUACCGCCUUGGCUGGGUUGUCACUGUUACAGAAGCCGAAAAGCUAUUGGAACCAGCCCCAGAGGGUCGUGAACCUAUCCGCUACUACAGCCAUAAGCUACUUCCGUCAAGGUGGAGAGAAACUAAGGGAAAUUUGGAUCUGCAGCCACCAGACUUGAUGCUCUGGAGAUAUGAGACUGGCCAUUUGAAAAUGGUCAAAGAACACAAGGAAGAACUCAUUACGAGGUCUAUAGAAGCUAUUGGAUUAAUGUCUGAAAUGCGGGAGAAGGUCAAGUGGUAUCGGAUGAAAUGACGGUGCAACUUUUGGAGUACUUUGUGUUUUGUACCUUGUCAACUUCGAACAUUUAGAAUAUGUUGAGAUUCGUGGGUAGCAAAUUACAGGCCUCCGCUAAUUUGCCUUUCAAAUCUCUACUCAACCCCAAAGGCAAAGUGUGCUAAUGUCCUUUUGACUUGAAUUAUUUGUUGCAAUUACUUGUAAGCCCUUGUUAUGAUCAUUGAUCACGCAGUCGGAUGAGGAAUCACAUACGUGGGAACUUA